AUUUGACAGCCCUACAUGAUUCGGUAUUUAGCAAUCCUGCCACUCAGUCUCAGCUCUUACGCUCAGUCGCUCAAUGAAGCUGAUAUAAUGUUACUGUACAUUUUGUUAUUCAACUGUGCAUUGUACGUGUCCAGUGAUCAUUUACAAUAUUUGGACCCCACCAAAUUGCAGACAAAGACCUCCAGUUCUACUCAAGAGAAAAUUGUCAGGGAUUUACUGAAAGUAUAUUUUUCGCAACACAAAGCUAACCAUCCACAACAAUGGUCUUACAAUCACGUACACGAAAACGUUGAGAUUGUUAUCGAUAGGGCGCUGUUUAUAGAUAGCAAAGACUCUUUUGUGAUUGUCGCAUCGGAUAAUAAGUUGAAGGUCAGAGCUAGCACAGGAGUAGCAGCUCUAUGGGGAUAUCAUUAUUACUUGAAGAAGUACUGCAAGAGUCAUAUAGGAUGGCAAGUGCAAAGGCUGUCGUGUCCGGACCCACUGCCGGAAGCAGGCGAGACGGUAAUAGCUAACGACAGGUUCAGAUAUUACCAAAACGUGUGCACUGCGUCUUAUAGUUUCGUGUGGUGGAAACCAGCUGAUUGGACUAUGCAUGUAUUAUGGAUGGCAUUCAAUGGAAUCAAUCUUGCUCUCGCUCCGGUCGCACAAGAAGCCGCAUGGAAGAGGGUUUAUGAAAGAAUUGGGAUGACGAAGGAAGAAAUCGAUGAACAUUUCACAGGACCCGCGUUUUUGUCUUGGCUAAGGAUGGGCAACGUGCGCGGCUGGGGGGGCCCUUUGUACGACAGCUGGCAUUCCGUGCAGGAAGCUAAUCAAGUGUCUACCAUAGAACUGAUGCUUAACGUCGGGAUGGUGCCAGUACUGCCGUCUUUCGCCGGACACGUGCCUAGAGCGUUCGCCAAAAUAUAUCCGAACGUAACUUUCCACGAAGUUAGCAGAUGGAAUGGUUUCGAUGACGAUUAUUGCUGUGGACUAUUUUUAGAUCCGAACGAACCUUUGUUCAAAACCAUUGGUACUAUGUUCCUAUCGGCCGUUAACGAUAUAUCAGAUGGUAGUCAUAUAUCUGACGGCAGCCACAUCUACACAGCUGAUCCAUUCAAUGAAAUUGGACUGAAGAAAGGGGUGUUGUCUAAAGCAUUUCUGGAAAACACUUCCAGGGCUAUAUUUUCAACAAUGACGCGCAAUGAUGAUAAGGCAGUGUGGCUUCUUCAAAAUUGGAUGUUUGUGCAUGACUCUCUGCUUUGGCCAAUCGAGAAUGUUAAGGCAUUCCUGACUUCUGUGCCGAGAGGUCGAAUGUUAAUUUUAGAUUUGCAAUCGGAGCAAUGGCCUCAAUACGACCUUUAUGAAAUGUAUUUCGGACAGCCGUUUAUUUGGUGUAUGCUCCACGAUUUCGGUGGAACAUUAGGCAUGUUUGGAAGUUUGGACACUAUAAACACAGUGGUGUACGAAGCGAGAGAUCGAGUCAACAGCACCAUGAUAGGAAUCGGUUUAACUCCGGAGGGAAUCAAUCAGAAUUACGUGGUUUACGAUCUGAUGCUCGAAUCAGCUUGGCGGAAAGGGCCAACAAAUCUCAAUGUUUGGGUGGAAGGGUAUGCUGAGAGAAGAUACGGAUGCAACAAGACCGCAGAGGGAUGGAGAUAUCUCGCGAGAAGUGUUUAUAACUUCACAGGUUUCAACAAAAUGAGGGGGAAGUAUGUAGUGACGCGCACACCAAGUUUUUGGUUGAAACCUUGGGCGUGGUAUGCUAGUAAGGACUUAUUCAAAGCAUUUCGAAUAUUCGCGUUCGCCGAAUGCUCUGGCCCAGGAUUCGAGCACGAUUUAGUGGAUAUUACGCGUCAGGCGUUACAAUACAGAGUCGAGCAGUUAUAUAUGCAGUUGUUGAUAGACAAGAAUUCAAACGAUUGGGUGUUCGAAGUGUCCUCAGACCGUUUCUUAGAAGCCAUGGGAGAUAUUUUGCUAAUUCUACGUGAAAACAACGACUUUUCCGCAAAAGAUUGGUUCAGAAAAGCCAGGGAUUUCGGUGUUAACGAAGAAGAAAGAUAUAUGUAUGAAUUGAACGCGCGAAAUCAAAUAACUUUAUGGGGUCCCAAUGGAGAAAUAACAGAUUACGCGUGCAAGCAAUGGGAAGAAUUGAUGGAACAUUAUUAUAUUCCAAGAUGGCGGGUGUUCCUGCAAGAUGCUUUGAACGCGAAGAAUAAGAACAGAGUUUUUGAUCAGAGAGGUGCUCAACAUAUGAUACGAUCUACCGUAGAACAGGAGUUUUUGUACAAAGAUAUUGAUUCGAAAAACUAUGUGAGGCACGGUGUGAGCAGGACAGCACGAAAUUUGUACAAAAAAUGGGCCAUAAUGCCCAAUUUCAGUGAUUUGCCGAUAAAUAUAAUAAAAGAUAGAAAUUUAAGCACAGUAAGAGAAAGAGAUUAUUGGAGACCUGAAGUCACUUUAUUGAUGUCUACUACGCCUAGUUAAGAAUAUAUCAUUCCUUAAUAAAAGGUAAAUCAUAAU